UAUGAUUCUCUACUUGAAACUUUACAAUUUAUUAAUCUUAAUUCUUUUAUGUCAGACGUUCAGGAUAAGGUAGAUCAUUCACAUUCAGUUAAAUUUAAUAGAGUCAAUAAUAAAUUAAAACACUUAAUCAACAAUAAGAUUAGACUUGAUCAACAAAAAGCUUCUCGUAAUAAAAAUUAUUCCAAUUUUCGAUUCCACCCAAGAAUCAAAAAUCUCUCAAAUGUCCAAUUUUCUGAUGACGAAUUAAAACUCUUAAACCUCGGCCUCAAACACUCCAUUCCUAGCAAUUUAUCUAUCAAAGAUCUUGAGAGUCUUUCCAUAGAGACCGACAUGGUUAUUCAGAAUCUUUCCAUUUCACUCACACAAAAAACUUCAAUCAGAAACUCUUGCAUCCAAACUAUCAACAAAUUCAAAACUAAACUUCUUUCCAACAAUAACUCCUCUCUUACCAACAUCAGUUCCCCUUCUACUUCUACACAAACUUCUUCAUCUCUCUCUUUUCCCAAUUUCUCAUAUAAUAAGUCUAAAUCCCUUCUCUCCACACUCAAAUCUAUCAAAAAUAAGAUCCAAAACCACCACCUCAUCUUCAGCAAAGCAGAUAAGGGUAACUGCCUUGUUAUUUUAGACCAACAAUUAUACAUUGACAAAGUCACCUCUUUCCUAGACAACAAUAACUUUACUUUGCUUCCUGUUGAUCCCUCUAAAUCUUUUGUUUCGAAGAUGAAAACCAACUUAAAGCAAUUUACUGAAUUCUUUUCUGAAUUUGAAGCACCAUAUACUAAAAUUCCAUCAAAUCCACUCACCCCCAGGUUAUACGGUUUACCAAAGAUACACAAAGUUGACAUUCCUAUUCGUCCCGUUGUCAGCUUCAUUAACACUCCAGUUUCUAUUUUAUCUAAAUUCAUUCUUAACACCAUUAAAAACUUUAUUAACUUUACCCCACAGUUUACUGUUUUGAAUUCUCGCCAAUUAGUUGAAAAACUUCAACUUGUCAAUCUUAAUCCAAAUAUUGUUAUGCUUUCUUUUGAUGUUAGCAAUUUAUUUACUUCAGUACCAAAAAAUGAAUCGAUUAGUCUGGUUAAUUCACUCCUCUUAAAUAAUUCUGUCACUUCCACCACCACUUCGUCUAUUAUAAACAUUCUCAAAAUUUGUCUAUCUCAAGAUUACUUUGUUUUUAAUAACAACUUUUAUCAACAACCUGACGGUUUAGCAAUGGGUAGUUGCUUAUCCCCUUUCUUAGCUGAUGUUUUUAUGGAUCACUUAGAAUCCAACUAUAUCAUAAAAAAUCCAGAGAUCUUACACUGGUUCCGUUAUGUUGAUGACAUUUUAGUCCUCAUUUCUGGUAACUCUGAUUCAGCUCACAACUUACUUCACAAAAUAAAUCAAAUCCAUCCUAAUAUCACCUUUACCAUGGAACUAGAAUCUUCUAACUCCAUUAACUUUCUGGAUUUAUCUAUUACCAGACUACAUGACCACUUCAACUUUGGUAUCUACCGUAAACCAACACAGACAGAUCAUGUUAUCCAUUCUACUUCUAAUCACCCUUUAUCAUAUAAACUCUCUGCUUUUCGCAGUUUUAUACAUAGAUUAAACUCUAUUCCUUUAUCCGUAACUGAAUUCAACAAAGAGUUGAAUAUUAUCAAACAGAUUGCAGUCAACAAUGGUUAUGACCCAGACAUUAUCACUAAACUUCAACAAAAAAGAGAACUCAAAUUACUACAACAAUCCGCUUUCUCUACAUCAUCCACAACUACUCCCAUCUAUGCCUCCUUACCAUUCAAUAACUCCAAAUUAUCUGAAAGAGUCAAACAUAUCAUUUCAAAUUCUUGUGACAACAUAAAAAUAUCUUUCAAAGUUAAUAACACUCUCAGCAAAAGUUUAACUAAUACCAAAGAUCCUAUCCAUUAUAUGAACCGGAGUGGGGUAUACAGACUCUCUUGUUCAGAUUGUGAUGCCACCUACAUCGGCAGAACUUACAGAUCCCUUUCUACCCGAUCUGCUGAACACAGCAAGAGAGAUACCACUUCUGCCUUUUCACACCAUUUAAAAGUCAAUAAACAUGAACUUAAGAUUCCUGAAGGUGUCCAGUUGAUACACAAUAUUCAACAAAACAAUACACUCCGUUUAGACUUAUACGAAGAUUUGGAGAUUGGCAAGGACAUGAAGAAGAGUCCCAACUGUGUCAAUAGACAAACAUCCCUUAACCGCAACUUUGUCCCCAUUCACCGCCAAUUAUUCUCAUAAUUCCUAUUUUUUCAACUUCCUCUUUUAUCCUAUUCUUUCUCUUUCAACUUACUCUCUCUUCUUUUUCAAAAUUUCCUCUUUCCUUCACUGCUUCCAAACUCCUUUACCCGAAUAACAUUAUUAACUAUUGAACCCUAUUAACCAUCACCUCAUUAAUUCACCCUACUAUCUUUUUACUUCUUUUUCAUUUCAUUACUUCGUUCAGUUUAAUUCCACACCUCAUCUUUUCUUUAUCCCUCUCUUUCCCUUAAAAUUCUUGUCUUUAUACCUUACACCACAGCCCUCUGCUUUUUGUCUUUGACCUUUUCCAAGAAAACUUUUACCUCUCCAACUAACAUCCAUUCACUUGAUUUCAGUUCUCACAUUCAGAUCCAUUAUCAUUACAAUUAAAUUAUAUCUAUAUUCUUUUUCUUACUUUGGUUUUAUUUUAUUCAGUACACUUUCAAUAUUAUUUUCAUUUUAAUUUCAUUUUUGUAUCAACUGGACUUAACAGCUAUAAUCAUACAUUACUUUAUCUCUAAUUUCCCAUACCAACACUUUGUCACAAGAAUUCUCUCAAAACUUUUGAAAUAAAAUAAAAAAAAUAAACCAUCUCAUAAUAAUUACAAUUCUUUUUCAUUCACAUAUUACACACUUUUAAUUAUUUGACUGUAUCCUAACUCAAAUCCAUUAUUUACAAAAACUUGCAUUUUUAAAUAACAAUAUUUUCCUUUUACAUAUACAACCACCAAUACAAUAUAGACUAGAUUAAAUUGCCUACCAAUUUAUUCAUUUUGUACAAUAACUUUCCAACUAAUAUUGAUUUUUCUCUUUUCUCACCUUCAUCUAUUUUUAUCUUUUUAUCUUUAUUGACAGCAGCUUACUUUCUUUCUAUCAAUUUGAUCAAUCUAAUGUUAUGGUAUACAGUCAAUAUAAAUAAUCUUAUAUUCUAAAUUAAUUUUGUAUAUCACAAUUUCUUUUCAAUAACCAAUAGAUUUAAAAUGUUAGACAUUUUUCAGAUAUUAAAAUCUUUAUCAUUUGUUGUGGGUCAUGACCUUUUGGUUAAUUAACAUUGAAAAUCGACUACCUUUUUCUCUACUGUCAAUGUCACUUCAAACAGUUCCUUAGUCAUUAGUGUCACUUUAUAGUCAAAGUUGGCCUAAGAUGGUUGAUUGAGGUUUUGGUAGGGUUUCACCAUGUUCCCAUAGGCAAUAUCCUGUAACAUCGGCGUUUAGCCUGUUUAAUAUUAUUUUUAAAUAAUGUAAAUUGAAUUUUAAAUUCAACCAUUGUUUGGUUCUGGGGCUAUUUAGCAAGUAUGCACAUAACGCAAACAUCUAGGAGAUUUUUGAUGAGUUGCCAAUCCUGCGUUCUUAGAAAAAAGCCAGUCCCAGAAGGAAACUACCAAUAAUAAAGUAGAGAAUUUAUUACACCAAAGAACAAAGCUAAUCCUCAACAUAGAUCAACUGAUCCACAUAGAAAAGGAGGAGCAAAGGGCACAACAGAAGCAGGCCAGACAAAAGAAAAUGACAGAAGAGAGACACAGAAAAGAAAUUACUUUAUUAAAUUUAAAAAUUAAAUUAUGCAAAGGACAAUUAAAUAAAGAAUAAAAAAAUCAAACAUGUGUA